UUUUUCUUCUUUUUGAACUUACAAAGUUACAUCAAGAAUUAGUUAUCUCAGUGUUUGAUUCCGAUGGUGAAUUCAUUUUAAUUGAAGCUGCACACCACCUUCCAUCCUGGCUUCAGCCAGAUACCUCUAAGAAUAGAGUUUUUAUUAGUGAUGGUCGUUUGCAUAUAAUUCCCUUUCCCACGACAAUAGAGGAGUUGACACACUUACCUGCAAUUUUCCCCUCUAUAAAUGAAGCUAUAAACUUAAUUAGAAAUCCUGCUGUGCGUACCCUCGCUUCUGAGGCUAUACAAGAAGCCAUUCUUUCCCAUCUAGCUGAGUCUGAAUUGCAGAUGAAAGAUAGUCUGCACUUUGUAAAUUGCUUUUUGCCCAAAGCAAUCAUUAAUCUACUUGAUAAAGAAGAGCAACUGAUAAGCAAAGCAGUGGAAGCCUUCUGUCACAAAGAUCCCACUGAUGUUAAGACAAUGAGAAGGAAUUUGCAGUUCCCGGUUUGCUUCGAGGAUCGCUCACCACUACGCGGCCGCUAUUACAAGGCACAUAUGACGAAGUGCAUGUAUGCACAGUUGGACUCUCAAAAGUGCCCUCUGCCGGCUUCGGUUUCUGCUUUAAUUUCGAUGAAUAGCCAAGAGAUCCGUCUUGCGCACAGUAUGGGAAUGAAAAUAACGUACGGCUUCGAAAUAUUGUAUUCACGGGGUCCUAGGAUGGGCCCAUCAAAAAAUAAUGCUACAUUUGAGAGUGCAGCCUUUGAUGCAUUUUUGAAGUACUUGGAAGAUCGUGGCUACUUCAAGGGAGAAUUAAAAGGCUCCAAGCUUCACACCAAGUUGCUCAAUUCUGCCAAUUCUUAUUUUAGGGAGUUUUUGCGUGCGAAUCUUCCGCGCAAACCUCGAGAUCUUGAGCCUUCUUUGUCCCAAGUGGAUGUUUCUCAGCCUUGCGAGAAAGGGCAUUUGAGGAUAGAAGAGCUGAGCCCUGGCAGUUCUAACUCUUGGCUUGAAAUUUCUCCCCAGCAGCUGAAUGCUCUCUGGGAAAAGCGUUUGGGUGUCAAAAUCCUCGAUGGCACCGAGAAGGCGCCUUGUGUUGUGGCCAAUUCCGUGCACUCGUUUGUAGGCGGGACCUCUUCUCACGAGGGCGCUGAACCAACAGAAAAUAUAGACGAGCCGAAUAAACAAAAAAUAGUGGAUUGCCUUCGUUCGCUUUUGGAGUUUGAUAAUAGUUACACUAAUAGUAAUGACGAGCUGCUUACCGACGAGGACAUACUUGACGAAAAUUGCAGCGAUGACUUUUCUUCCAGCGAAAUUCGGCAGUAUUACGAAGCUAUGGACGCGGAGUUGGAAACAACUAAUCUCUCUAAAAGCUUUUUGAAAACUGGAGACAUUUUGGCAGGUCAUAGCUACGAAGACGAAGAAACAGACUUGAAUUUUAAUUUAGUUAAAAACUUUUUUGAAUCGUACAGCUCUCAGCAGGGUGACUCCGGGCCAGUGGGAAACCUUUUAAGCUCACUGGGCUUUCUCCCGCCACCCGACGACCCUUCCAGCAACCUUGACUAG